AUGACUUGUAAUGAAGUCCCCUAUGAUACCAUCCCUCACCGAACUAAAGCCUCUCUAGCCCCAGCGCGGCCAUCCGAGCCGGCGGCCUCCAAGAAUCGUCUUAGGCAUCGUGGUAGCACUGAGGAGUCGCAAAGGCGGGCAGUUGAUAAA